CUGUCGUUUUUCGUCGUAAAUGAUUGGUGUACGACCGUUUACGGCCGGGCAUGAACGACCUGGGUAGGCUUAAACGAUAAUACUAUUGCUCAAGGUUUGUUAUAGAGAAGCAUACAAUAUUAAGUCAAAUAGUCACUUAACUUAAUUAUUUUUCUUUCAUUCUAUAGAUGUUUCUAUUGUGAACAAUGAUAUAUCUCUUCGAAAUUCAACUGCUGCUGAUAUCUCUAAUCAUCGACAUAAAAACAUUCGUCAUGAAACAGAAACUGAUCAUUUGAAAUCAGUGCCUAAACGUCAAAAAUUAUACGAUAAUGUCGUGACACAACAACAACAACAACAAUAUCAGUUGGGAGAUCUUGUUGGUCUUCAAAUCGACCACCCAAUCAAUCGAAUCAAUAACAUACCUUCAAUCUUACCUUGUAAAGUUGUAUCUAUUCAAUCAUCAUCGAAUCAUUUCAUGAUGUACAAGCUGUGUACAUUGACAGGUGUACUAUCAUCAUUAUACGGCGUUCAAGAUCUUUUCGAUUUAAGAAAAUAUGAUUUUCCCAAUUUACUUACUGCUGAUCCAGUAGCUUUGCCAACAAUUGCAUUUACACAAGCAUGUGAAGAGUAUGUUGCUGCAAUAAGACUAAAUCCAGUAGGAGAAGGAAGUAUACAGUUGUAA